GUACUGUCGAUAAGUUGCUCUAUAGCCCAGUCAGUACAAAGCGGCAGGCGGUGACUCACGGACCGCCUUUUCCCACAUACGGAGGAAUUCUUUUCGAACCCCGCGGUGAUUCAAGACGAUCUAUAAGACUCCGCUUUUUCAUCCUUGCCCCAGGGCUUCUUCAUUUUCAGUUUUACGAAAAGAAGAUCAUUCAUCUGGAGCAAUGGCAGCCGCCGCUGCAUCUGCAGCUGCGCUCGAUCAGGGCAACAGCACCAAAAACACCUUGAAGCUGGAAAACACCGAGAAGAGAGAUACCCUUAUUGCUAUCGAGAAGAAAUACCAGGAGCAAUGGAAGAAGAACAAGGUGUUCGAGGUCGAUGCGCCCUCCGCCGCUGAGGUGCCUUUUGGCAGUAUCUCCGCCGCGGAGCUCCGCGAGAAGCACCCCAAGUUCUUCGGAACUAUGGCCUACCCUUACAUGAACGGUACCCUGCACGCUGGUCACAGUUUCACUGCCAGUAAGGUCGAGUUCAUGACGGGUGUGGCCCGUAUGGAGGGCAAACGUGCCCUGUUCCCUCUGGGUUUCCACUGUACCGGUAUGCCCAUCAAGGCUUGCGCCGACAAGCUCCGCGAUGAGGUCCAAAAGUUCGGCCAGAACUUUGAGGGCUACAAUGAGGAGAGUGAGCAGGAGCAGGCCGCCGUCGCUGCCCCGACCCAGGAGGUCAAGGCCGAGCAGGCCGAGAAGUUCUCCGGCAAGAAGAGCAAAGCCGCCGCCAAGACUGUCAAGAUGAAGUACCAGUUCCAGAUCAUGUUGGCUAUCGGCAUUCCUCUUGAUGAAAUCUAUAAGUUCGCCGAUGCUGCUUACUGGCUUCAGCACUUCCCCCCUCUCGCUAUUCGCGAUCUCGACAGCAUUGGUGCCGGAAUUGAUUGGCGUAGACAGUUCGUCACCACCGACGCCAACCCCUACUAUGACGCCUUUGUCCGCUGGCAGAUGAACCGCCUCCACGAGCUCGGAAAGAUCCAGUAUGGUAGCCGCUACACCAUCUACUCCCCCAAGGAUGGACAGCCCUGCAUGGACCACGACCGAACUGAGGGUGAGGGUAUUGGACCCCAAGAAUACACCGCCAUGAAGCUGAAAGUUAAGGAGUGGGCUCCUGAGAUCGGUGAAUUGGUCAAGGGCAAGAUUGAAGAGGAUGCGAGCGUCUACUUCGUCCCUGCUACUCUUCGCCCCGAGACCAUGUAUGGUCAGACCUGCUGCUUCCUCGGCCCUAAGAUCACCUAUGGUCUCUACAAGGUGAAGGAGAAGGAGUACUACGUUGCUACCAAGAGAGCCGCCUGGAACAUGGCCUUCCAGGGCACUUUCUUCACCAGCGAAAACUUCCCCAAGUCUCAGGAUCAACUGCCUCUUGUCGUCGAGGCCCCCGGAUCGGCCUUCGUCGGAACCCUCGUCAACGCGCCCCUUUCUUUCCACACCGAGGGUGUGCGCAUUCUGCCCAUGGAGGGUGUCUCUGCCACCAAGGGUACUGGUGUCGUCACAUCUGUCCCAUCUGACAGCCCGGACGACUACGCCACUUUGCUUGACCUUGCCAAGAAGCCCGAGUACUACGGCAUCAAGAAGGAGUGGGCCGAGCUCGAGAUCUUCCCUCUUAUCGAUACCCCCACCUACGGAAACCUCACCGCCCCUACUCUGGUCAAGCAGCUGAAGAUCAACUCUCCUAAGGAUGUUACUCAGCUGGCACAGGCCAAGGAACUCGCCUAUGGUGAGGCCUUCUACAAGGGCACCAUGCUCGUGGGUGAAUUCAAGGGCCAACCCGUCAGCGCUGUGAAGGACAAGAUCCGCAAGGCCCUCUAUGACAGCGGAGAUGCUUUCCCCUUCGCCGACCCUAUGGGCAAGGUUGUCAGUCGCAGUGGAGACGACUGUGUUGUUGCUUACCUCGGCCAAUGGUUCCUCAACUACGGUGAGAACGACGCCAAAUGGCAGCAGGAUACUCUCGACCACGUUGUCAACACCCUUAACACCUACUCCAACGAGACUAAGAACGGUUUCGAGAAGAACCUCUCUUGGCUCAACCGCUGGGCUUGCGCCAGAACGUACGGCUUGGGCUCUAAGCUGCCCUGGGACCCUCAGUUCCUUGUGGAGAGUUUGAGUGACUCCACGGUCUACAUGGCCUACUACACCAUCGCGCACCUCUUGCACGGUGACCGCUAUGGUAAGACUCUUGGCUCCCUCAAUAUCAAGGCGGAGCAGAUGAUCGACGAGGUCUGGGAUUACGUCUUCUGCCGCCGUGAGCUCAGCGACGACCUCAUUUCCAAGAGUGGUAUCAGCAAGGACGCCCUGCUGCAGCUGCGCAGAGAAUUCGAGUACUGGUACCCCUUGGAUGUUCGUGUCUCUGGCAAGGAUCUUAUCCCGAACCACUUGACCUUCUUCCUGUACAUCCACGUCGCUCUUUUCCCUCCCGAGUACUGGCCUAAGGGUGUCCGUGCCAACGGUCACUUGCUCCUUAACGGUGAGAAGAUGAGUAAGAGUACGGGUAACUUCCUCACCUUGAAGGAUGCCGUUGAGAAGUUCGGUGCCGAUGCUACCCGUAUCGCUUUCGCCGAUGCUGGUGAUGGUAUCGAAGAUGCCAACUUCGAGGAGACCGUUGCCAACAGUAACAUUCUCCGUCUCCACACCUUGAAGGACUGGAUGGAGGAAACUCUCAAGGACGAGAACCUGCGUACCGGCCCCGCCGAUGCCUUCUGGGACAAGCUCUUUGACAACGAGCUCAACAGCCUUGCUCGUGAGACCAAGAAGCACUACCAGGACACCAACUUCAAGCUCGCUCUGAAGUCCGGCUUGUACGACUUUGUCAGCGCCCGUGACUACUACCGUGAGGCGACCACCACCUCCGGUGUCGGUCUACACCGCGAUAUGGUUCUUCGAUACAUCGAGCUGCAAGCCCUGAUGAUUGCCAUCAUUGCUCCUCACUGGGCCGAAUACGUCUGGUUGGAGAUUCUGAAGAAGCCCGAGACCAUCCACAGAGCCCAAUUCCCCACCGUGCCAGAGGUGUCACCCGAGCUCUCCGCCGCUCUGGCCUACACCCGCGCCACCUCCUCCAACAUCACCUCCGCCGAGGCGGCCUUCGUCAAGAAGCUCUCCAAGGGCAAGCAGGUGACCUUCGACCCGCGCAAGCCCAAGAAGCUUUCCAUCUACGCGGCCAAGAAGUACCCACAGUGGCAGGAGAAGUACAUCGACCUGGUGCGCGAGGCCUUUGACGGCCUCUCCUUCAAUGACAAGGAGCUCAACGCCAAGGUCGGCAAGCUGGGCGAGAUGAAGAAGGCCAUGCCUUUCGUGCAGACCCUCAAGCGCCGCCUGACCGUCAACAAGGAAGCCCCCGAGACCGUCUUCGACCGCAAGCUGCCCUUCGACGAGCUCGCCGUCCUCCAGGAAAUGGUCGGCGCCAUCACCCGCGUCACCGGCUGCAAGGCCCUCGAGAUCGUCGCCGUCGACGAGGGCGGCAAGACCGGUGAGGUCGUCGGCACCGGCGAGAAGAAGGAGGGUCUCUUUGCAGAGAAUGCCGUUCCCGGCCAGCCCACCUUCCACUUUGCCAACAUCGAGUAAGAUGCCUGAUAUCAGUUGCGGAAUGACACGGAGCAGACCGCCGGUGUGGACGAUGGGUUCUAGUUUUCCUUUGAAAUGAUCUUAAAGCAGGAGCAAGAUAUUGCAUGUAAAGACAAGAGCUUAUACAGUUGAUGAUUUUACGUUUAGAUGGUUCCUAGUUGCUGUUCUGAGAUCUAUCCGUGGUUCUGUA